GGGGAAUCGAGAGUUUCGGGAUCCUUUAUCCGCCGGAGGGCUGGUCGCCUCUGCGGCGUUGAGGAGCGGCGACCGCCGGAGCGCGGAGGAGGAAUGUGCUCGGCGUUCCUGAGCUUGAGUCAGCGCCUGGGAUUCCAGUCGUGGCGUUCUCUAAACAGAAACCGCUGGCUGUGUCUGUGAGGGUCUGCUUGGGGCGCUCCUGCAGUCGUCGCGGCUGCCCGGGCCUCGUAAGUCAGGUUGUGUGCCCAUUGGCCAUCGUCUUUUAUUUGCAUCUUGCCACCCAGCCUCUUUAGCCACCGUUCCUACUCUGCUUCCUGACUGUUGGAUUUUGCAUCUAGACCUAGAAAGCUAGCUUGAGCACUGAAAAAAAAGAAGAAAGACCACAGAAGAGAAUCAAGGAUAGCAGACAAGAUUUUUCUAUUUUGCAUAAUAUUUUCCUCAUGGACAUUUUUCAUAGCAUUUUUAUGUGAUGUGAGAAGUUUUUUUUUUUUUUUAUUCUUUCUUUCUUUGAAGUAACAUGGAUUUUUUACUACAGAAUCAAGAGAAUUGGCUAUAUAGGAAAAAUUGAUAUUUAAAAAGUGGUACAGGUUAUUAUAGAUAACCAUGACAACAUCCCAUAUGAAUGGGCAUGUUACAGAGGAGUCAGACAACGGAGUAAAAAGUGUUGAUCUUGCAUCACUAGAGGAGCAUCAGAAGCACCGAGAGAUGGCUGUUGACUGCCCUGGAGAUUUGGGCACCAGGAUGAUGCCAGCACGGCGCAGUGCACAGCUGGAGCGCAUCCGACAGCAACAGGAGGAUAUGAGACGUAGGCGAGAGGAAGAAGGGAAGAAGCAAGAACUUGACCUAAAUUCCUCCAUGAGACUUAAGAAACUAGCUCAAAUUCCUCCAAAGACUGGAAUAGAUAACCCUAUAUUUGACACAGAAGAAGGAAUUAUUUUGGAAAGUCCUCACUAUGCUGUGAAAAUAUUAGAAGUUGAAGAUUUGUUUUCCUCACUUAAACAUAUCCAGCAUACUUUGGUUGAUUCUCAGAGCCAGGAGGAUAUUUCACUGCUUUUACAACUUGUACAGAAUAAAGAUUUCCAGAAUGCAUUUAAGAUACACAAUGCUAUCGCAGUACAUAUGAACAAGGCCAGUCCUCCAUUUCCUCUUAUCUCCAAUGCACAGGAUCUUGUACAAGAGGUACAAACUGUUUUAAAGCCAGUUCAUCAGAAGGAAGGACAAGAAUUAACAGCUUUGCUGAAUGCUCCACAUAUUCAGGCACUUUUACUGGCCCAUGAUAAGGUUGCUGAGCAGGAAAUGCAGCUAGAGCCUGUUACAGAUGAGAGAGUUUAUGAAAGCAUUGGCCAGUAUGGAGGAGAAACUGUAAAAAUAGUUCGGAUAGAAAAGGCUCGUGAUAUUCCGUUGGGUGCUACAGUUCGCAAUGAAAUGGAGUCUGUCAUCAUUAGCCGUAUAGUGAAAGGAGGAGCUGCAGAAAAAAGUGGUCUCUUACAUGAAGGAGAUGAAGUUCUGGAGAUCAAUGGCAUUGAAAUUCGAGGAAAAGAUGUCAAUGAGGUUUUUGACUUGCUGUCCGAUAUGCAUGGUACUUUGACAUUUGUUCUGAUUCCUAGUCAACAGAUCAAGCCUCCUCCUGCCAAGGAAACAGUAAUCCAUGUAAAAGCUCAUUUUGACUAUGACCCCUCAGAUGACCCUUAUGUCCCAUGUCGAGAGUUAGGUCUGUCUUUUCAAAAAGGGGAUAUACUUCAUGUGAUCAGUCAAGAAGAUCCAAACUGGUGGCAGGCCUACAGGGAAGGGGAUGAAGAUAACCAGCCACUAGCUGGGCUUGUUCCAGGAAAAAGCUUUCAACAGCAAAGAGAAGCGAUGAAGCAGACCAUAGAAGAAGACAAGGAGCCAGAAAAAUCAGGAAAACUGUGGUGUGCAAAGAAGAAUAAAAAGAAAAGGAAAAAGGUUCUAUAUAACGCCAAUAGAAAUGAUGAUUAUGACAAUGAGGAGAUCUUAACUUAUGAAGAAAUGUCACUUUAUCAUCAACCAGCAAAUAGGAAAAGACCCAUUAUCUUAAUUGGGCCACAGAAUUGUGGACAGAAUGAAUUGCGUCAGAGGCUCAUGAACAAAGAAAAAGACCGCUUUGCAUCUGCAGUUCCUCAUACAACUCGGAAUAGGCGAGACCAUGAAGUGGCUGGUAGAGAUUACCAUUUUGUUUCACGGCAAGCAUUUGAGGCUGAUAUAGCAGCUGGAAAGUUCAUUGAACAUGGUGAAUUUGAGAAAAAUUUGUAUGGAACCAGCAUAGAUUCUGUACGGCAAGUGAUCAACUCUGGCAAAAUAUGUCUUUUAAGUCUUCGUACGCAGUCUUUGAAGACCCUGCGGAAUUCAGAUUUGAAGCCAUAUAUCAUUUUCAUUGCACCUCCUUCGCAAGAAAGGCUUCGAGCAUUGUUGGCCAAAGAGGGCAAGAAUCCAAAGCCUGAAGAAUUGAGAGAAAUCAUUGAGAAGACUAGAGAAAUGGAGCAGAACAAUGGCCACUACUUUGACACAGCCAUCGUGAAUUCAGAUCUUGAUAAAGCCUAUCAGGAAUUGCUUCGGUUAAUUAACAAACUGGACACAGAACCUCAGUGGGUGCCGUCCACUUGGCUGAGGUGAAGAACAGUCCUGUGGCAUGGUUGACUUUAUCUGGCCAAGUGCCAAUAGGAAGACGGCCUCCCCAGUGCCUAGGCAAGAAUGAGGACAAGGUGGAAGGCAGCAGGGUAAGCUGCGGACCUGUUCUUUGUGCUCUUAAGCUAAUAAAUUCCCUUAGGUACUCUGUGUACAUUCUUUAUUCCCAACACAUGGCUUUAGGGCCCUUGCCUCCCUCACUCUGGAGGUUUAAAUGAAAGUGUUGUUCAGAGCAUUUCCAUUUUAUCCUGUUAAAAUCUUUUUUUUUCACCUAGAGCUUUCCCUCUUGAUCAGAUGUCUAUGAAAAGUUUGUAUGUAUAUACAUAAUAUUCCAUGUCUCACAUAGAUAUAAAUAUUGAUCUUAUUUAACAUUUAACUUAAGUGACUUGGUGGGAAGUUUGAGGCAGGGGCAUGCUGUGCUUCUGUGCACUGGGAGAAACAGUAUUUCUUUAGGAUACUAGUCUACUCAUCAGAAAUAUUUCCCCUAAAAAAUACUGUGCCACUUUAGUUUGGAGCUACUCAUUAGGCUUGAAUUUAUUUGUAUGUCCUUUAAUUCUAAAAAUAAAUAAAUAGACAUUCCAUUAGAAGUAAGCUUUUUAGCUUAAGCCAUUUUGGAACAGACUACACACUCAGCAGCCGCAACAAAACAUACUGACCUUUUAAAGAUAUAAUUGUCUGAAUUAUUUUCUUAAAUUGUUGCAAGUGAUUUUGAUAGCCUUGGUUCCUUGCUCUAAUCUGCAUAGUACAAUAGAAUGUUAUAUUUUUAUGAAUGGCAGGAGUUCUAAUAAACUGUGUUGAUUGUUAAAAAGAUUUCUUCCACAAGAUGCAAAUAGUUUUUUAUAUCCAUGGAAGGACUUAGGACAUUUGACAGUUUUUGCAUUUUUUAUAUGAGCACAGUAUUAGUUUAUUACUAUGCUGUGUGUGUAGGUAACAAACUGGAAUUCAGCUGUAUGUACUGUAUACUAAUAGUUAAUAGAUCAACAAAUAGUUGUAUUUGAGCAUUGGAAUAAAAUUUUAUAACACACACACACAUAUACUUGGGGAAUAUUAUGACAAUUGACUUUGAGAUCAGAAGGAAGACCUAAAAGUUAUUUGAACAUUUUAGGAAAAGGACAUUGGAGGAAAUUUUAAUAAGCAUGUACAGCCAGGUUUUGUACCAAAAAUGGUCUGCCUCAUGACCAGAUUGCCACCUCUUGAUAAAAUUAUAAAUGUUUAAGCUAAUGGGAGUUUUGCACUCUCUAUAGCGCUAGCUUUAAAUGCAGUGUCUUGAGACUGGCAUGGAAAGUUAAUGCAUAGGCUUUACAAAACUUUCAGGAUAGUGUGAUGUGUAACAAACAACCUCAAAUGUGAAUGCCUUGUUUUAUUUUUAUGACUUUAGCUACAGCAGUUUAUGUUCUCAAAGCUAAACACUGGAGCGAUACUAACUUGUCACUUAAUGUAACAGAAACAACUGUUAUCAGUAGUGCUUCCUCAGUGUCAUGUACAUAGUUGAUUUCUCCUCAACAUGAUUUUAUUGAAACAAACGUGGUUAGUUUGUGUUGUCUUCUUUGGUUGUUCAAUUUUGCAUGACUUCUUUAGUUAGCUGACAGAUGUGUCUUAUGCAGAAAGAUUUUUCAAGAUAAUUCUCCUUAGGAAGAAAGUAACAUUCCUAGGUUGAGGGAAGGAAUGCUGUACUGUCUCCUCAGGUUUGAUACACUCCAGCUUAUACCAGAAAAAUAGUGAAAAGUUGCAUCCAUUAUCAGCAUUCAAAAUUAAUAUGCUUAGCACUUAAAUAUUUCAGUUUUUCUCCUCGGAAGUAAAUGGUAGUUUGUGGUCAACAACAGAAUUUUUCUUUUUUUUUUCAAGGCAGGGUCUCACUCUAGCCCAGGCUGAUCUGGAAUUCAUUAUGUAGCCUCAAACUCAUGGUGAUCCUCCUAUCUCUGCCUCCCAGGUGCUGGGAUUAAAGGCAUAUGCCACCAUGCCUGGCUUCUCAACAACAGAAUUUUGUUCUCUGCAUAUUAAUUGAAAAAAUAGACCUAGAUGUGCGUAUCUGUACUCUUGGCUCCUGGGAGCCUUAAGUAGGAAGAUCAAGAGUUCAAGGCCUGCCUGACCCAUAUAACAAGACCCUGUCAAAAGUAAAAAAUUUAAAAAGCAAAAAGAGGAACACUUGCGUUUGAGUGAAGUUUUGAAUAGUGUCCUUGAGUAGUAGUAGUGACUGUUGUGCCCUGCUGACUGCAGGGCCAUGUUGCUGUUGAGACUCAGACUCUUGACUUUCAUAGGCAGAUCCAUGCCAAUUGUUCUUUAGCAAAUCUGAAAUGAGUUAUUUUCAUCCUCAUUGAGGUCCUAGCUUUCUCCUUCCUCAUUAGCAGGGGUCGGGGGGUAGAAUAUGUCCUGAAUUUUAUUAAAUCCUGUGAUGAAUGUACUGAUAUUUUAACAUAGUGUGUUGACUUCCUGAAAAAACUACUUUGCUUUUUAAGGAAAAAGGCCUUACUAUGUACAUCUAGUUUUACAGCCACUCUGGCCAUUUCUGUUUCCUGUCUGUCUCUGGUUAAUUGGGAGCUAUAGUAUUGGAAAUCUCCUAACCACUUGCUGCGGAUGGAACGGUAGAGCACUGGCCUGAGAGUAUACCAAGCCCUGGGUUCAGUCCCCUCCAACACACCAACUGGGCAUGAUGGCACAUGCUUAUAAUCCUGGCACUUGGAAGAGGGGGGCAGGAGGAUUAGGAAUUGAAGGUCAGCCUCAGCUACAUAACAAGUUCAAAGCCAGCUUAUAGGGGAAGGAGGUACAUAAUAGGUAAAUUAACCUUACGGGUAGCCAGAGAUUUGAGGGCACUGAGGACAAUAUGUGAGAUGCUCUGUUGGCAUAUAUGUCACAUGGUUAUAUGAGACCUUAUCUCAAAAGAAGAAAGAAGAAUGGUUAAUGAAUUGUCCCUGGGAAAUUCAAACAAGGAUGUACCUUCAUUUCCUAAAUUUUCAUGUGUCAGAAUAAUAAGUAAGAUAUAAGUGUUUAGAUUAAUCCAGAUUUGCUUUCUAUGAAAAUCUAAUGUCUGGAUUGUUUUCCUUUUCUCGUGGCUUAAGGAAUAAGUAUUGGUAAGGAAUGAUUUGAAUGUAAUUCUGUAAAUGUGUGUGGAAAAUAGAAACCAGGGAUUUAGCCUUAAUAAGGGUAAUUAUUCUGACAUAUUGUUAAUCUCCAUUUGUAUUCUCGUGUACCUGCACUGUUAUUUUGAGAUGUCAUACUGCACACUGUAUUGUAAAAAUAAAAAUUAUAUUUCAAAUUUAAAAA